GGACAUACGAAAGGUGACCAGCGACUGGACACGCAGCUGCAAGGAGCUGGAGCAGUGGGAGGCAGCCUGGAGGUGCGAGGAGGAGGGACCUGCAGCAGCUGGGAGGGGAGCUGUCCAGGAGGUCGGCCUGGGACUGAGCAUGGGCCUGCGGCUGGCAGAGAGCAGGGUCCAGGCAGCCCUGGAGAAGCAAGCCCUGCUGCAGGCCCAGCUGGAGGAGCAGCUGCAGGACAAGGUGCUCUGCGAGAAGGACCUGGCCCAGCAGCAGAUGCAGAGCAACCUGGACAAGCCUGACCUCAGUGCCAGGUGGUUACCUGGUGGAUGCCGCACGAGGCAGGCAUCCCUGCAGAAGGUAAAACUGGAGAAUUGGGGAGAAGGAAGCAUCUGUUCACUAGGAGCAGGGCCUUCCUCUGUGAGCUCAGCCAGUCUUCCCAGGCACCCCACUGAGGUUCCGAAGGCAUUUGCCCCGUGUAUAUCAUAAACAGUUUAGCCUCCAAUGACAGAACUUGUGGCCA